AUGGUAGACGACGAAGAAAAUAGAGGUGAUGUUGAGUUCAGCAAUACUAGUAUUAGAGACGUUGAACAUCCAAAUGAUAAGAGUAUCAGUAAAAUCGAGCGCGGGGAGAAGAUUUACUCUUAUGACGAAGCAUUAGAUUUAACGGGUCCUAUCAUCACGGCAUAUCCUUGGGGCUAUUUCGCGGACACUCGAGGCAGGCGCAGGGCACUCUUGAUUGCAAUUUGGGGAAGCCUUGUGUCAUCUGUUCUGAGCGCCUUUUCAUUUAAUUGGAUCAUGCUGGCAAUUCUCAAGUUACUGAGUUCAAGUUUUUCCGGCGGAAUCCAGUCGAUUUCUUACACGCUGCUGGGUGAAAUGUGCGCUGCAAGAUUCAAGAACACGUACAUUCUUAUUCUUAGCAGCACCCUCAUGUCUGCCUACUUCAUAUAUACAUUUACCGGCUACAUUGCCUUGAAUACGAGCUUUACUCUGAACAUUGGCUUCAUUACUUUCACCCCCUGGAGGCUUCUAACUCUGAUAUUAGCAUCCUCCCUCGGCACUACACUGCUGUGCUUUGCAUUGUUCCACGAGAGCCCAAAAUUUCUGCUCAAUGCCGGACACCAUGAAGAAGCCCUGGACGUGCUGAAGUAUAUUCACAAGAAUAACGGCGGAUGUAAUGAGUAUCCAACCGUAUGCACGUCACCUGUCAACCUACAAACUCUAUUGAUGGCUCUUAUCCAAGGCGUAGUCUUUACUGGAUGUAGUUUUCUUGUCGCAACGGUGGCCGAUAGAAAGAAAAUGUUGUUGAUCAGCAUUCUCCUCAUCUCUGGUGUCAGUGGGGUCAUCAGUGUCAACGUGACAGAGCGUAUCCUUGGCAUCGUCUUCUUCUUCGGAGUACUGCUUAGCUCCCUUUGCAUCGGGAUUGCCUUCUCUUACUUUGUCGAUCUUUAUCCCACAUCUUAUCGGGGCAUGGCCUCAUGCGUGGGUAUAAUGGUAGCCCGCAGCAGCGCUGUCUUCGGCGUCAACUUGCUAGGAGCCUACAUUGUUCCACACUGCACCGCUUCCUUCUAUCUCGUAAGCGCUUUCACAUUCAGCGCCGUUAUUGCCUCCAUUUUCCUUCCUCCAGACAAGCCAAAAGAAGUA